GCAACGUGGCUUGGAUGCAUCUGCUGGUGGCUCGGAAGAUCCAAGAGGACCCCUCAACCAUCGGGGCCCAAGUUUAUUAUUGCUAUGACGACUCUCCUUACAAGAGCUACGAGGACUUUAACAUGGAGUUCUUGAAGCCGUGCGGCUUCCGCCUCUUGGGUUCCCGUCCCCUGGUGCCGUUCUUUCUCCUCCAGCUGAUAGCUCUGGUCAAUGUGAUCCUGCAGCGACUCCUGAAGCCCUUCUUCGUGUACGCCCCCAUCCUCAACACCUACACCCUGGUGAUCGUCAGCACCACCUUCACCGUAAAGACUGACAAGGCCCAGGGGCACUUCGGAUACACACCCCGUUUCACCUGGGAAGAGAGCCGGAAUCGCACAAUCAGGUGGCUGCAAGAGAUCGCAGCAGAGAAGCAAGUGGAGAAGUAGGCCCAGAAGGACAGGACAACCUGAAUGGAGAGAUGCUCUAGAGCC